GGAAGUUGAACAGAAAGUUAUCUGGUUUGACUCUUAAUAAGCAUUACAACAUGUUUUUCGAUAGAUAUGGCUUCCAUGGGACAUCAUUUGAGCAGAGUUAUCGAUGUUACCCUGCAUCUUUCAUUGAGAAGCCACAAAUUGAAAGUGGUGAUAAGAUCAUAAUGCCUCCUUCAGCACUUGAUUGCUUAGCAUCCCUGCAUAUUGAUUAUCCAAUGUUAUUUGAGCUUCGUAAUGCUGCUGCUGAGCGUGCCUCUCAUUGUGGAGUACUGGAGUUCAUUGCUGAAGAAGGCAUGAUCUAUAUGCCAUAUUGGAUGAUGGAGAAUUUGCUCCUACAGGAGGGAGAUAUUGUGAGGGUAAAAACUGUAACUCUUCCAAAGGGUACCUAUGUUAAAUUGCAACCCCACACGAAGGACUUUUUGGAUAUUUCAAACCCAAAAGCUAUCUUAGAGACAACAUUGAGGAAUUAUUCCUGUUUAACCACUGGGGACAGUAUUAUGGUUGCAUAUAACAAUAAAAAGUACUACAUAGAUAUCAUAGAGACAAAACCUUCCAAUGCAAUAAGUAUCAUUGAGACCGACUGUGAGGUGGAUUUUGCUCCUCCUCUGGAUUACAAGGAGCCGGAAAGGCCUGCUGUUCCAACUUCAAGCAAGGCAAAGUCUCAAGUGGAAGAAGCUCCUGCAGAGGCUGAACCAAAGUUCAGUGCCUUUACCGGUACUGGAAGACGCUUGGAUGGGAAGCCUCUGAAGCAGCAGCCUUCACCAGUUUUUUCAACUGGUAUGAAAGACAAGGGACCUGCUGUUUCCAAUGGGAAUAAUAGGCAACCUUCAUCAGGGGCUAGUUCACAAAGUAGUGCACGCCAGGCUCAGGGAAAGCUCGUUUUUGGAUCAAAUGUCAACCGUCCCAAGGAAACAAAACAGGAACCUGGAAAACAGACUAAACAGGAGCAGCCUGAAAAGAAAGAAGAUCCCAAGUUCCAGGCAUUCACAGGGAGAAAGUACUCAUUAAAGGGUUGAUUAAAUCAAUCCAUAAUUCCUUAAUGUUUUUCAUACGGCAUUCGAUAUAGGAAAGUAAUAGAACUAUAUAUUCAUCUCGAAUGUUUUCUUAUCAAAAUACCGAUGUGUAGGUUCUCCAUGUCGAAGCAAAAAUGAU